AAAGGCUUUUGUAAUGACAACCAUGCAUGCAUCUUACGUAAUGACUCUCUCUUGGCGGGUCAGUAGACGAAGCUACAUCCACUAUACACGUAGGAUAGUUUUUAAUAACCACCAUUCCACAACAUUAUUCAAUUGCUAUGUCUACGUCAUAAUGGCCCUAUAACCGGGAUAUAUUAAUGUUCUGCUGCUUCAGAAGAUGUGAUUGUAUCACGCGAUGCUGUUAGAUGACUUUUUAUCAGAUAAAGUGCAGUUGUGAACAUUCGUCACCUUUCUAGAUUUCGAAACGACCUGAGUUUGCAACAUCGCUUCUGAAUUCCACAUCUCCACGUAUGCCCUUGGGGUUGGUAAUUUUAGCUUAUUAAACUAGUGAAUGGUACCAAACUGGACACCUAAUUAUUUAUCAACGUGGUCCAGUUCAAGCCGAUAGAUGGAUUCAUUUUUAUAUCGAUGACAAUUUCAAUUGCUGAGUGAUAUAGAUGGAAAUAAUUCAUAAAGGAAUUCGUUUGUAGUCGCCUUCAUUGAUCAAGAAAAAAACCACUCAAUCUACCUUCGGAGCUGGAAAUAUCUCAGACGUUGAUCUUGACGAAUGAAUACCCUUCGCCGCAGCCUCUGUGAAAUUGAGUUCGGAUAAAAGGAGUUCAUACAGAUCGUCAUGGGACAACUCAGUCCGGACCUUCCCUAAUUGAUAAAUGAUUGCUCUGGUCCAACAAGAAAUCAAUAUCUUUCUUAUAAAAAAUCGAUUAAAUUGCUUCGAUGGAAAAGGUUGUAUCAUUUAGAAAACGUGGUUCAUCCAUUUUCCAGUCUAUAGCAGCGUGACUACAAAGAACUGAUAAAGCAUUGUUUUGAAAGGGCACCUGUAAUGUUAAAUCGGCGCCAUGGAAAUCAUGAAUCUAAAAUCCCUGAGGCGAACAUUUUAUAUCCUGUUCACUGUCAUGGGGCUCUUUCUUGUGCUUUCUUGCUUCGUCUCGACUGAAGAUUACUUCGCGAAAAAGACACGGUUAGUUCAGAGCACGUACGACAAAACGACGCAUAACCUGAUGACGGCAACGAAAACGACGCGUCAGUCAGUGACGUUGCAGAGAACAACCGGAAGUCGUAAUGAAAGUGAUGGUCGCUUUACUUCUGGUCGAUCGACUACGGAUCUUGCUUAUCGUGCAGUAACCACGAUGAACCGCAACAUCCUGGCGACUACUCGAAAGUCAAUCUCGAGAAAUAGGACUAGGGAUCGAGAAGGGGAAAUAUACGGUAAAGGAAAUCUAAAUACAACUGGAGGCCAAGACGGCUUGCGUAGCAAGGAAAGAUUUAUGCGAAAUCCCAGAGUAAGGCCCUUAAGAAUUAGUUCAAAGAGAGAAAUACUACCAAAGAAAAACACAGACACCAAAGAUGUUGCGAAAUAUCAUGAUCAAAACUUCACUGAAAACAGACAGCUCUUUCUGCGAAAACCAAAACUCAGGCCAGUACAAUUAACAGGUAAUUCAUCGUCAAAGAUUGAUACAAACGUGGAAGAUUCGGAUAAAUAUCGAAACUUUACCGAGAGUAGGAACUUAACCAGCUUAAUUACCUCCAGUGCAACUUAUUCAUCUGAAGCAUCUGCUGCUGAGGAAUACGCAGAAGACAACAACAAGGUUUUGUUGAGACCCGUGGAAACACGGGAAAGACCGGUAGCUCAUAAGAAUACUUUCCUAUCAAAGAAAUACAAAAACACUGAUCUGAUUGAACAGUUCAAGCAGCACUUUAUCGACGGUAACACUAAAGAUGCCGAGGAGAUUCUUGAGAAGAAACCUUGGAAGGUAUUAGCCAAAGUGUUUCCUGGUGUCAAACGGCGCGACAGUAAGGAUAGGGACGCCAGUCGCAGGUAUUUCGAGGAAGUGUCGAAACGAACAUUGCGAUUUGCAAGAGGUUUUGGGGAUCCUGAUAGGAGUGUUCUCAGGAAGAUUAAGUGGCGGCCACAUUUAGACAACCAUAGCUACAACUAUCUCAUCACUCCGCAUACAAACUGCCUUGAUUACAAAGGCGACUAUGCAGAUGUGACAUUGUUUGUCUUCAUCUUGACAAGCCCUACUCAUUAUUCGAAUCGCAGAGUCAUUCGUCGUACAUGGAUGGCGCAAGCAAAGAGAGAACACCUCGACAUGAAGAUGAUAUUUCUCCUUGGUGCUACCGAUGACAAGGUCGUUCAGCAUUACAUCGACGACGAGGCGGAACAGAACAGGGACAUCCUUCAAGAGAACUUCCAGGAUUCGUACGUCAACCUCACGCUCAAGACAAUCAUGGGACUGAAGUGGAGCACGCAGACGUGCCCCAAAGCCAAGUUCGUCAUGAAGGUCGAUGACGACGUAGCCGUGAACGUCGUCGACCUCAUGGCCUACCUGAAAACAGUCAACGCCUCCGACGCCCUCAUCGGUGGGAUCCUCACAAAAGGUGCAGCACCUUACCGCAAUUCCCGAAAGAAAUGGUAUGUACCAGAAGACGUGUACCCAGAACCGACCUAUCCACCUUAUCCUCAAGGGAAGAGCUACAUCAUGACGAUGGACGUUGCAAUGAAACUAUUCAGAACUUCCAAAGAAAUUGAUAUAUUCCCAUGGGAGGAUGUUUUCAUUGGGAUAUGUCUGCAGAAGAUCGGGGUGCAACCGUCAGAGAUUCCUGGUUUCGAUGGGGCUGGGGCUAUAUUUAGUCCUCAAAGAAAAAUAUGGAGGGACGAGGGAGCAUUGAAAAUCCUCCAGGGGAUGCUCAUAGUCUAUGAUUUGCGGGACUCUCAGAUCGAAUUAAUUUCUCAUGUAUGGCGUUACAAGACAUGGCCGAGUGAACACUGAAUUUGAAUUGCAGGUCGCAGAGUGAUCUUUGCAUGAGUGCAAUAAUUUUAAAAAUGUAGAAGACAUCAAAGAACACAUAAGAAGCGUUGAAAGAUUGAAAAUGCCCGUCAAAUGACAAAUACAACGGGGGGGGGGGGGCUUUGUCAAAAAUUGCCGAACCGGAACAGCAGUUUCGUCCUAAGUUCAGAGCUGUCGAAAAAUUGCAAAUUUGUCGUUUGUCCAAAGACCACGACGAUUCACCGAUUUUCGACAAAGACUUAUUAGUUCUUCUUUGUCAUGCAGGGCAUUUGGUAAUGCAUUUUCUAUGUUCUUGAAUCCGUCGUGCGACGUGGAGCGAAAAUUUCCUAAUGUGUCACUCUCAACGCAAUUCUGUUGUGAAAUUUUCAUCCCGACCCAUAUGUUGUUUGCUUAAAUUGUUGAUUUGUUCGUUGAUUUGUUUGUUCAUUACUGAUUUAUUGAUCUAUUCAUCUGUUUCCCCCAAACUAACUUAAAUAUUUAGUUAUCAAUAUUGAUUUAUUUGAUCUUAUGUAGGCCGAAUUCCUUUAAUUUUAAACAUUCAGACAAGUGGAUUGUGCAAUAGACCACUCUGUUCUCCCCCCUCACUCUCUCUCUGAAUGUCUUAUAUUUCCACUUAAUAUGUUAAUAUUAAACAAGUUAAAAUGGACAAUUUUUUUCAUGACCGUAAUCAGGGGGGAAAUUGCCGAAAGAAAAUCAUUUUAAUGUUUUGUUAAUACAUAAUGGAACUUAUGUAUAAGUUUCUUCCCGAUCCCCAUGUGGUCACAAGGAGUAAUUCUGCAGGGGUGGGGUAGAAGGAAGCAUGCCGACUAAAUUCUCUUUUCACUUUUGGUAUUCAUUUUCUCUUUCUCUAUCCCCGAAAGCAAAUUUUGUGAAAUUUUUAUGACAAUCAUCUUGAGUUUUUAAUCCAAAUUUCGAUCCUAUAUGCAUUUUUCAAGAUUAAGUUUCUAUUUUGAUGUACACGCGAAUGGUGAAAAUGAUGCGGCUUGCAUUAAAUACUCCGUUUAUUAGGUCAAUAGGCACUAUGACAUCCCUAUUGAGACAAUUACUUUAGGUCAAUCCUAUUCUACAAGUGGCUAAGUCUGCUGUAUUUUUAUCAUUAUUUGAGUAGUCACAAUAUACAAGUCUAUUACUUUUCUUUCUUAAAAUGCAAUUCAAAAAUGCCAAAACACUACUUUGACAGAAAAAGAGAAUUUCUUAUAUUCCAUAGUUCGACACCAAGUCUUAUGUUGCCAAGUGAAGAUUCUAGAAAAAGUCGAAUACCUAUUUAUGAGGAUUAACUGUGUAUACAGUAGGAUGAAAUUGAGCAAUUUGUCGUUGAAAUAUUAAUACUUACAUUAAAUGGGCCAUGAUGACUUUGAUAAGUUGAAUUGAUAAAUAUUUGCAUGUAUAUUUCCAUACUUGCAUAAGUCGAUUCAUGAUUUAUGCUAAUAUUGAUUGGUGCUUAAAUCGCCUUAUGGGCAGAUUUAAGUUUUAUUCUGUAAUACUGAUUGGACAGAGAUUUGCUGAAUGAUUUUUUUGAAAACUUAACAUGGUAAUUGCGUUAAAUUGCAUCAUAUGACAAAUAUACAUAAGUUAGAUAAGUUUAAGACUUCUAAAAAAGACCACAAAAAAUGAAAGUAAUUGUUUGAUUUGGAAUAAACUCGGUGGCCAGUCUUCACUUAUUUUAUAAUUUUACUUCUUAAUUUGCACGUGUUUCAGAUAAGAGCACAGAGACAUGUUUAGCUAAUUGUGUUAUACACAAAAAACACAACUGAUUGCUAUUAUGAUUAUUUAGUUGGAACAGUUUUCAUGUACUGACUAUGAUUACAAUGUAAUUUUCCAAGAUAUCCACGAUCUACAUGAUAUACUGUUGUAUUUUCUGUUGAAUAGAAUCCUUUUCUUCUUUUUUCUGUAUUGAAUUAAGUAUACCGUCAGUCGAGCUAUUCCAAUAUUUUCAAGAAAUCAAUCAUUAUGUGCAAUGAAAAACAAUUUCUUAUUCAGAGGUUCAGUAAGUUCAUUAUCCAGAUUUGUUUAAUAGAAUAUUAGAUGGUAUGUUUAUACCUCCCAUCAAUAUGAUUGAUUGAUUGAUUUUAUUCGUCAAGAAUAUCACAGGAGAUUACAAUGAAAUUGAGGAAAUACCUUGACAGGAUAGCCCAUGAAAGCCGAAAGGCUUAUUUCCAAUGGGGUCCUAUAGUUAGUAUAAAACAUUAACAUAUUGUAACAAAAAGUAUAAACUACGACAAGUACUGGAAUAUUGGGGAAAAAAAUAAAAUACAUACAAACAUAUCCAUCAGUCAUAUAAUUUGCAAACAUCUGAAGCAAACAAUAAUCUUCCUAAUAUGUGAAACAAGAUUAUAUUUUAACAUACCCUAAUGUAUACAUUAUCUACAAUACUAGAAACCAACUGUACAAAAUGUGUUAUUUUACUGGUAAUGCUGUUCUCGGGCAGCUUCCAGUUUUAGGUGAUUUUUUAAUGCACUCUUAAAUUGACAAAAGAAUUUAAGAGCAUUCCAAGAUUGGAUGCCAUUAAAAUAAAAAGUGUUUCCAAUAUGUCCUUCACGUUUUGGUAAUACGAAAUUAAAAUUACUAUUUCGAGUAUCGUACCUAUGGAUAUUUGAUACCCGGGUGAAAUUAUUUGCUAUAUAAUGAUCUAAUUUAUCCGAAUAUAAUAUUUUAUGCACGUGGUGUAAUACUAAUUGUUGUGACCUGUGAUCUACAUGAAGCAAUCCUGCCUUUUCAAGUUCAUUAUAUCCGACAUGUGCUCUUGGUCCUAAAACAUUUAUAUAUUUCACAAUUUUAUUUUGAAUUAUUCUUAGCUUUUUCUUAUCCGUAACACCCAGACUACCGUACCAAACCGCAUUAGCAUAGUCGAAUAAACAUUGUAUUAACGCAAAGCAUAAAAUACGUCUAGACUUCAUAUUCAAACAGGUUUGAUAUCUAUACAAAAAUUUCAAGCGUGAAUUAGCCUUUUUGGCGAUUGAGUCUACCAAACCCGUCCAUGAUAGGUUACUUGUUAAAUUAAUUCCCAAAUAUCUUACUGAAUCUUUUCUUUCAAUUACCUGAUUAUUAUAUGAAACCUUGAAAUCGUGUGUAUAUCUUAACUUUCGUUUAGAACAAAAUAAAAUGCUUUCCGUUUUCCCAACGUGUAAACUAAGCUUGUUGUCAGACAUCCAUUCGAUGCAAUUAGCCAAAUCAGCACUAAGUUUUUAUCAAUUAUCUUGGGAUUUGUAUCCGAAUAUAGCAAGACACUAUCAUCAGCAUAUAAAAUUAAUUUAGAUUCGUUAAUACAAGUACACAUAUCAUUGAUGUAAGACAUAAAAAGAAUGGGGCCUAAAAUGCUUCCUUGAGGGACUCCGCAUUUAAUAGGCAGUGAAUCAGAAAGAACCGUCUGCAUGGUAACUACCUGAUGACGGUUAGAUAAAUAUGAUCUAAACCAUGUCACACAUGCAGAGUCUAAACCCAUCACUUCUAAUUUCUUUAAAAGUAUGCUAUGAUUUACAGUAUCAAAGGCUUUUUGUAAGUCUAGGAGAACCAUUCCAACCAUGCGCCCAUGUGAAAUUUCAUUCCUGAUAAAAUCUGUUAAAUGUAUUAAACAAGUUUCAGUGGAAUAUCCGUUACGAAAGCCGGACUGAAAUUUAUAUAUUAGGUUGGUUUCUUGGAAGUAUUUCUCCACUUGAGCAUGAACAGAUUUUUCCAAAAUCUUCGACACUACACUUAAUACACUUAUUGGCCUAUAAUUACUAACGUCAGUUUUAUCUUUCUUUUUAUGUAGCGGGGUAACUUUUGCAAAUUUCAUAUCAUCAGGAAAGGUAGAAGACAUAAGAGAUAAAUUAAUAACAUAAUUCAAAGGUUUGUACAAAUUUCUUGCCCCAUCUUUUAAAAAUCUUGCAGGUAUCAUAUCUAAACCAGUACUUUUUGAUAUUUUCAACCUAUUUAGUUACUUUUUGGAUAAUCAUGUGGUUGUUAUUACUUUAAAUUGUAUUGUUUGCUAUCCUUUGAUACAUACCAUUAUCAUACAGCUCACCACAUAUAAUAUGGAUUUUUGUGUGUAUUAAUUGCUGGAUUGCGUAUUUUAGAUAUUCACUUGUAUAUAUGAUGUCAUCCUGUUCACUAUGUAAAAAUGACUUUGAUGUUGAGUUGAAAUUAUAUAAAUCAAACUUGAAAAUUAAAUUGAUAGCAGUAUGUUUGAGUACCACAGGGCACAUUACUAGGUCCCUGCCUCUUUUACCAUAAUCCAAACCCCCACGGUUUAUCUGUGCGCGUGGUUGCAGCUUCACCUAAAAAGGGCGACCUAUUCACUGUGUCAGUCUGUUGCUAAAUAAUCUCAUGAAGCCAUUUAUCCAAAGUGUUUAUAAUGAAUAAAUAUUCAUACUUAUGUCCCAUUAAUCAUCAUCCAUUCUUAUCUAACACGAAACUCUGCUAACUUUCGUUAUAUUCGUAUCAUUUACUGCUGCAAUAAAGAUAAGUCUCUUUCAUUGCACUUUAGUCUGGUUUGCUUUCCCGUUUCCUUUCGUGGCCGCCAGUUCCAAGCUCCAAGCUUAAGAUGGCGGUCUCCCACAUAUCAUAUGCAUGUCGUUAUAUAUUAUUUUAUUCUGCUCAUGUUUCAAUAAUUAAAUUUUUUUUUCAAGUAUUUUUACAUCUUAAAUAGAGUAUGCAUGUAUGCAUAUGUUAACCAUUUUGUUUUCUGUUAUGUUACGUUGAAAAAUGAUUAUACUUUGUUAUUGUGGAAAUAAAUACUUUGGAAUGUGGAAAUAAAAAAAU